UCUGCUUAGUCAUGGUGACCUGCGCGCUCCGCGUCUCCCCCCCGGCGCGGCGAUGGAGGCGCCCGGGCCCAGGCGGCGGAGGCGGAGCCCGAGCGCGGCCAUGGCGGGGCCCCUGAGUGCCAGUGGUGGUGCUGUCCUUUGUCGUCUGGAGCCCCAUGCAGCCAGCACCCAGGCCUAGCAGGGCUGGGGCCCCUAGUCGAUUCCUGCCCCUGCAGUCACAGCGCCCUGAGGGGGCAGGGGACGUGGUGAUGUACGCCUCUACCGAGUGUAAGGCCGAGGUGACGCCCUCCCAGCAUGGCAACCGCACCUUCAGCUACACGCUGGAGGACCACACCAAGCAGGCCUUCAGCAUCAUGAACGAGCUGCGGCUCAGCCAGCAGUUGUGUGAUGUCACGCUGCAGGUCAAGUAUGAGGACGCACCAGCCGCCCAAUUCAUGGCCCACAAGGUGGUGCUGGCCUCGUCCAGCCCUGUCUUCAAGGCCAUGUUCACCAACGGGCUGCGAGAGCAGGGCAUGGAAGUGGUAUCCAUCGAGGGCAUCCACCCCAAGGUCAUGGAGCGCCUCAUCGAGUUUGCCUACACGGCCUCUAUCUCCAUGGGCGAAAAGUGCGUGCUCCACGUCAUGAACGGGGCCGUCAUGUACCAGAUCGACAGCGUUGUCCGCGCCUGCAGUGACUUCCUGGUGCAACAGCUGGACCCCAGCAACGCCAUUGGCAUUGCCAACUUUGCCGAGCAAAUCGGCUGUGCCGAGCUGCAUCAACGCGCCCGCGAGUACAUCUACAUGCAUUUCGGGGAGGUGGCCAAGCAAGAAGAGUUCUUCAACCUGUCCCACUGCCAGCUGGUGACACUCAUCAGCCGGGACGAUCUAAACGUGCGCUGCGAGUCCGAGGUCUUCCACGCCUGCAUCAACUGGGUCAAGUACGACUGCGAGCAGCGGCGCUUCUACGUGCAGGCCCUGCUGCGGGCUGUGCGCUGCCACUCGCUCACCCCCCACUUCCUGCAGAUGCAGCUGCAGAAAUGUGAGAUCCUGCAGUCAGACUCCCGCUGCAAGGACUACCUGGUCAAGAUCUUCCAAGAGCUCACGCUGCACAAGCCCACGCAAGUGAUGCCCUGCCGGGCGCCCAAGGUAGGCCGGCUCAUCUACACAGCCGGCGGCUACUUCCGCCAGUCACUCAGCUACCUGGAGGCCUACAAUCCCAGUGAUGGCACGUGGCUCCGGUUGGCAGACCUGCAGGUGCCACGGAGCGGCCUGGCAGGCUGUGUGGUGGGCGGGCUGUUGUAUGCUGUGGGCGGCCGGAACAACUCACCCGACGGCAACACCGACUCCAGUGCCCUGGACUGCUACAACCCCAUGACCAACCAGUGGUCACCUUGCGCCCCCAUGACUGUGCCACGCAACCGCAUUGGAGUCGGCGUCAUUGAUGGGCACAUCUAUGCUGUGGGCGGCUCCCACGGCUGCAUCCACCACAACAGCGUGGAGAGGUAUGAGCCGGAGCGAGAUGAGUGGCACUUGGUGGCCCCCAUGUUGACGCGGAGGAUUGGGGUGGGAGUGGCUGUCCUCAACCGUCUGCUCUAUGCUGUUGGAGGAUUUGACGGGACAAACCGCCUCAAUUCAGCCGAGUGUUAUUACCCAGAGAGGAACGAGUGGCGGAUGAUCACACCCAUGAACACCAUCCGAAGUGGGGCAGGAGUUUGUGUCCUGCACAACUGUAUCUACGCCGCGGGGGGCUACGACGGUCAGGACCAGCUGAACAGUGUGGAGCGCUACGACGUGGAGACAGAAACGUGGACCUUUGCAGCCCCCAUGAAGCAUCGGCGGAGUGCCCUAGGGAUUACCGUGCACCAGGGGAAGAUCUACGUCCUCGGAGGCUAUGAUGGUCACACGUUUCUGGACAGUGUGGAGUGUUAUGACCCAGACACGGACACCUGGAGCGAGGUGACCCGCAUGACGUCUGGCCGGAGUGGGGUGGGCGUCGCUGUCACCAUGGAACCCUGCCGGAAGCAGAUCGACCAGGAGAACUGUACCUGCUGAGCCAUCUUUAUUUCUUGGGCAAAAAAUGGUCCAAUCAAGAGUAUUGUUUUUAUACAGAAACAAAGACACAAGAAAAGGCAACAGAGCAAACCCUUCCCCUCCGGGAUGGGAGGCUGGGACGCCUCAGUGUUAAAAUGACAAUUUGGAAGAAAGGAAAGCCAGAGCAGGAACAAGU